AUGAAACAGGCGAAGGGGAAGGUGGCUGAGGCCAGGAAUGCGCUGAAUGAGGUCAAGAAUAAGGUGGAUACUGUAAAGAGUGCGACGGAACAAUUCAAGGCUGCGGCUCAAGCGGCGUCACAAGCGGCUGCUGCGCUUUAUGAAAAAGUGAAGGAGGCGGCCAAUAUUGAGAAGAAUAAAAUUACUGAGGUGGCCAGCUUGGCGAAUAAGGCAGUGAGCACGACUAAGACGUCUCACGAAUCCGUUGCUCUUCUCUGUAAGAAGGUGAAGGAAGCGGGGGAAGCAACAACCAGGGCAGGAAAUUUGGUUGCGGAUGCGCAGGGGAUGUCUCGCAGCGCCGCGGCCGACGCAGAUGAAGUUGUCAGCAAAGAAGCGGAGCUCGCACAAAAGGCAUUCGAAAAACUGUUAGUAGUUCUGAGGGGACUCUCAGGGGCGCAGAAAUGUUCUGAAGAAACAAAAGAAGAUGCGACGACGGAGGCGUACGCUUUUAAUGCCAUGAACAGCGCCAAGGAGGCGUUUGGUUUUUUCAAAGAGGAGACCCCCAAAGCACCGUUAAUUGUAACCGAGGGUCUACAGAAUGCCGCUAAAAAAGCUGCUGACCUUGCAAAGGAUGCAGCGGGCGACGCGGCAGCGGCUUCGAGUACUGCCAAAGAGGCAUCGGGACACGCUGAGAACACCGUCAAGAGCGCUGAGGCGUGGCUGGGGCAGAUCGAAGACUCACUAAAGCCUCUUAAAAAACAAGAAAAGGGACCUGAGAGUUCACCUCCGGAACCGUCACAGGACGAGUCACACAGCCAGAGUCUCACACAGGAUCCACUGGCCAGUAGUUCCACUGGUGGCAAGCCUUCUGAUCAACAAAAAGCUGAUACCACGGCGACCGACACAGAGAAGUCCUCAUCAGUACCAUCAGAAGUGAACAGGGACACAAACUCCAUAAAGAGCAAUGUACACAACACCCUGAGUGAUGUCCGGAGGACUGACAGCAGCGUUAGUCCUCCGUGGGUGCGUACACCGUUGCUGCUGGUGGUGGGUGUGCUGGGCCUCCUGGCUGUCUGCUGA